AUGGGCGUAGGACACCUCAUCCGCAUCUACAGCUUGAUACUCGACCAGUACAUCUACACUACUCAUUUCCCGCUCAAGAUGAGGUUCCUCGCUGUCGCCGUCGCCCUGCUACCCGCUCUUGGGUCAGCGCAUACUAUCGCUCAGCGCGUCCGUAUCAACGGCCAGGACUUGGGCCAAGGCAACGGUAUCCGCGUCGCCCCUUCCAACAACCCCAUCACCAAUGUCAACGACGGCAAUAUUGCUUGUAACUCUGGUGCUUCCUCUACCGGCAAAGUCAUUGAUGUCAAGCCUGGAGACAAAGUCGGCGUGAACUGGGGCCACAUUGUCGGCGGAGCGCAAGGCUCAAACGACCCCGACCAUCCGAUUGCGAAGUCCCACAAGGGACCUGCCAUCUUCUACAUGGCGAAGGUUUCCGAUGCCGUCAAGGCGUCUCCUUCUGGUCUCCAGUGGUUCAAAGUCUCCGAAGACGGUCUCGAUAGCUCUGGCAACUGGGGCGUCGACCGCAUGAUCAACAACGGUGGUUGGACGGAGAUGACUAUGCCAUCUUGUGUCGCUCCAGGCCAAUACCUCCUCAGGGCUGAACUCAUCGCCCUGCACAGCGCGAGCUCGACCGGCGGCGCGCAAUUCUACAUGGGCUGCGCGCAAAUUAAUGUCUCGGGAUCUGGAUCGAAGAUUGGCAGUACCGUCAGCUUCCCUGGUGCCUACAGGGCGGACGAUGCGGGUAUCAAGCUCAGCAUCUACAACGCCCAAGGUCAGCCCAAGGGCAACGGAACGCCUUACAAGAUUCCUGGUCCGGCGAAGCUCCAAUGCUAG